AGGCCCGUGGCCAGGACGUCGCUGUCGUCGCCGCCGUGGCCCGAGGUGGAGCUGCCCGAGCGGGCGCAGGAGGCGGCGCAGCACGCGGAGCUGGUGCAGAAGGUGAACGAGCUGAUCGCGACGGGGCAGUACGGGCGGCUCUUCGCUGUGGUCCACUUCGCCAGCAAGCAAUGGAAGGUGACCAGCGAAGACUUGAUUAUGAUGGACAACGAGCUGGAGGCUGAGUGUGGGGACCGCAUCCGCCUGGAAAAGGUUUUGCUGGUCGGUGCUGACGACUUCACGCUGAUUGGAAGGCCGCUCCUGGGGAAGGAGCUCGUCCGCGUGGAGGCUACGGUGAUCGAAAAGACGGAGUCGUGGCCAAAAAUCAGCAUGCGCUUUUGGAAGAGGCACAACUAUCAAAGGAUGAGAGUCACCAGGAACCCGCAGACUGUCCUCCGGAUAAACACCAUAGACAUUUUCCCUGCUUUGCUAUGACUGAUUGACUCGAGUUGUGAAGCAGGAGUAWAUCUCCAGUGAGGCAGUUAUGGAAAUAAAAGCACCCGGUCGUUGGAACGCUUCCUGUUAUUGUCUGAAAUGGAAAUCUAUAGGUACUUUCUCU